UAGAAGGUGUGAAUGACGCUGGGGACUCGACGGCCCAAAAUGGGACUUUAGUUGAAGUUAAAGAGGAAGAGGAGGAGACGGAGCAGCAACCUGUGGCUAAAAAGAAGAGAGGAGGAAAGAGUCAGGCAAAAAGUCAAAAGAAGCCCAAAGAAGAAGUCAAAAGUGAAGAGGUGGUGAGGACGGUGGUCAUGAAGGGAAAAGCUCCAGUGGACAUCGAAUGUAAAGCCAAACUGGGAAAGGCUUAUGUGUACAGCGAAGGAAAGGAUGUUUACGACGUGAUGCUGAAUCAGACAAAUCUCCAGUUCAACAACAACAAAUACUACCUGAUCCAGCUGUUGCAGGACGACGGCUCCAAGGCUUACAGUGUGUGGGCGAGAUGGGGCAGAGUGGGAAAAGUGGGUCAAAGCAGUCUGACAGCGUGCGGUUCAGACCUGCUGAAAGCCAAAGAUAUCUUCAGGAAAAAGUUUACAGACAAGACCAAGAAUGAGUGGGAAGACCGAGCAACCUUUGACAAAGUUGCGGGGAAAUACGACAUGGUCUACAUGGACUACAGCACCAAUGAAAAGGAGGAGAACACCACUGUGAUGGAUGCUGCACCCAAGAAGAGGAUCUCCAAGCUGAAUGAGAAGCUCCAGUCGCUCAUGGAGCUGAUCUGUGACAUCAAAGCCAUGGAGGAGUUUGUGCUGGAGAUGAAGUUUGACACCAGGAAAGCUCCUCUGGGUCAGUCCGACAGAACCAACACCACAUAUCACAUCAUAACAGAACUUGAUCAGAAUUCCCCCUGUCAUUUCUAUCAGUAACGUGCC